GCGGGUGAGGGGAGGCGCCAUGGCGGCGGCGCUGCCGCGGGUGGAGCGCCUGUCGGCGCGCGUGGUGCGGGUGCUGGGCUGCAACCCGGGGCCCAUGACCCUGCAGGGCACCAACACCUACCUGGUGGGCACCGGGCCCAGGCGGAUCCUCAUUGACACGGGACAGCCGGCCAUCCCUGAAUACAUCAGUUGUCUCCAGAAGGCCCUGACUCAGUUCAGCACCUCCAUCCAGGAAAUCUUAGUGACCCACUGGCACCGUGAUCACUCCGGAGGAAUACAAGACAUCUGCGAAAACAUCGGCCAUGGAACCGCGUAUGUCAUUAAGAAGCUUCCACGUAAUCCUCACCUGGAAGAAGUUAUAGGAAACGGAGAGCAGCGAUACGCUUAUCUGCGAGACGGAGAUGUGAUCAAGACAGAGGGAGCGACUCUCAGAGUCGUCUACACCCCGGGACAUACUGACGAUCACAUGGCUCUUCUCUUGGAAGAGGAGAACGCCGUGUUUUCCGGAGACUGCAUCCUUGGGGAAGGAACCACGGUCUUCGAAGACCUGUUCGAUUACAUGAAAUCUCUAGAUAAGCUCCUGCAAAUGAAAGCGGAUGUGAUCUAUCCAGGACACGGACCAGUGAUCCACAACGCCGAAGCCAGGAUCCAAGAGUACAUUUCUCACCGAAAUGCCCGGGAACAGCAAAUCAUCAGGAUUUUUCUUGAGAGUGACGGACAGGCAUUUUCAGUCCCCGAGCUCACGAGGAUGAUCUAUAAGGGCGUUCCGCAGCAUUUACAUAAAGCAGCCGAACACAACCUCUCUCAACACGUGAAGAAAUUGGAAAAAGAAGGAAAACUAGUAAAAGAAGACUCUUCUGGUAGCAGAUGGAAAAGCAAUCUCUAGGCUUCACAUUGUGAUGAGAUUCUCCCCCCCACCCCCCCGCACACGUCUAAGAAUGCUUUUUUAAUUCCAAACCCUGACGAGAAGGUACGUGAUGCAGAAGAGAUGCUGCAGAGCUAAAGGCGUCGGAUGAUUCCCAAGUCCUUCCGCUGUAUUUUACCGAAAGAAUGAAAAAUACUUAAUCCCGAGCGAGGGUCAGGCUGGUCACUGCAUCUUGGCAUAACUGGCAGGUCUUUGUCGUCGUCAAUAAAUUCUCAAAAUCACCUAA